AUGUCCCGGCAACAGCCAGGGAAAAAAAACCCACCUCUCGCCCAAGAGCAGACCCUCGCUGGCUGGAAAAUUCCGAAAUUACAGCAUCGACAACGGGAUAACCCGGCAUUUUCCGUUCAGCUAAGUAAAUGGGAUAUUCCUGCCUCGCAGCAUAUCGGGGCUGCGCGCUUGGCGAAAGCUGAGUCUGAGGUUCUUCAACUGUCGAGGUUACUUGAUCCGGCUAAUGUGGAAGAGAUCCCAAAAGGAUGCAUAAAAACACAAGGCUUUAGGGGUAGGAUAAGUGAUGAACAGAUUGUCAAUAUUGCUCUUGAGACAGCGACUACUCUGUUCAGUGUGGCUUUUGCGGGUACAUUGACAAGAUGCUGUCCACUGUGGGCUUAUUCUGGAUACCUCCAGCACAACGAGCGCGAACAUCACUUCGUCCAUCUCAUCCAGCGAACAUGGGUCGGUUCAAUAAUUUCUCGUUCUCUAUCCACAUAUUUAAAGGCAAGCCCUACAAAUGUGGACGGCACUGAGAAAAGACAGACCUUACAGAAAUUCCUGUGGGAAGGGCUGCACCCUAAGAAAAUCCGACUACCCCCGACGAUCCUUCCACUGGAAUCUGCUGCGGAAGAAGAGCCGUGGAUGGAACUCUACGACCAGCACAGUGGGACAGGCCGAUCUUCCGAUACAUCGCUACUGAGGCGGGGUCUUCCCGCUGGAAGAAAGUCCGGGAGAUCAUCGAGAACAUGGACAAGGAAGAAGAAAGCGACGCAAUACUUUCCACACCUCGCCCCGGUGGCCACUGCGGACCGGCAUCCCUGGGUAGCAGCCUUCCAGGACCUGCCGACGGGAGAGGCGUUCGAACACAAGGGCCGGACUGCGCGCGCUUCAGGAAUCUACAUCAAUACAACUGGCACCUCCUCGCGCGGACUGACGCUUACCCGCGUUGCACAUGUAAUCUUGAUGGAAACCGACUGGCGCAGUACGAACCACAAACAGGUGUUUGGCCGGUGCCAUCGGAUCGGUCAGAGAGCCAAAGUCGUGUUCACAUAUGUCUUCCAAAAUACCCAAAUCGAAUGCGAGCAACUUGCCCUCAGGACAUGGCGGUGA